AUGUCUUGUGAAGGAGCUCAGAAGGCGGUUGGCGGGAAGGCUGGAGAGGCUUCUCGCGAGGAAGUGCGGCCAGACUGCCCGGUUCACGGCCUCGUGUUCACAGAGAGCGAAGUCGCGGCGUGUAAUGCAGAGCCUUGUUCGGGCGGCAAGUGCCUGGUUAUUUUUAAAAACUGCGUCUACGACCUCUCGCACUUUUCGCAUCCCGGCGGGUCGCACAUUCUGGAAGACCUCUAUGGCCAGGAUAUCACGGAACCGUUCGAAGAGGCUGGGCACUCGAUCAACGCACUCAGACUGCUGGACUCCCUCCGCGUCGGCGUCGUCGAGGAGCGGCGCGCGAAACACGUGGAGGAAGUCGGCGACCAGUGCGUCUGCGGAGACGCAUACAGCGGAAGAGCCUUUUCUGCGGUGCGCUACCGCGGGAAGCAAAGCGUCAAGAAACUGACUCCAUCAACUGAAGCCGUGAGCCUGUGGGGUCCUUCCGCGCCAGGCGAAGACCGCGACGCCCACAAACUGGUAGACUUCUCUAAACCGCUGCUGCCGCAAGUAUGGAAACUGGACUGCGAGCAGUACCAACGCCUUGUUGAUACACCCUACAUGAAGGAAGGCGUCCUCCCCCUCAUGCCAUACGCAUGGAUGGAGCCCUUCUCGAAGACGCAGUGGUGGGUGGUGCCGCUGGUGUGGCUGCCGGUUGUCUUCUUCAUGAUCUGCGAGAAUUUAAAGAUCUACUCGCCGGUCGCCUGCGCCGCCUACGUGCUUUUCGGGCUCUUCGCCUGGACUUUUGUCGAGUACUUCCUCCACCGCUUUGUCUUCCACUUCCCCGAGCACUGGCUCCCCGACAACCGACCCGUUCGCGUAGUCCACUUCCUCUUGCACGCCGUGCACCAUUUCUUGCCGCUCGAUCCGCUGAGGCUCGUGGUUCCACCUGCGCUGUUUGUCGUCCUUUCGGUCUUUGUAUACGGCUUGGUGAGUCUCGUGGUGCCGGCGUGGCUGAUUCGCGCGGCGUGGCCGGGUGGCAUGCUGGGCUACGUGGGCUACGACAUGAUUCACUACUCGACGCACCACUUUGCAGUUUUGGAGAGAUUCAGUCACAUUCGCGAAAUGAAGAACUACCACAUGCGUCACCACUACCGCUACCCACUGCUCGGCUUCGGCGUGAGUAGCAAGCUGUGGGAUCACGUCUUCGGCACACUUAUUCCCUCAGAAAAGAACUGA